UGAGCCCAUCCAGACAACCAAGCCAGCAUUUCAAGAUGACUCAAGAAACUGACGAUGCCAUGCCCUGUAUCGACCUCAUGAACUUUGAGGACCCACAAUUUGAAGAAGGCAAAUAUGUUUUGACCAGCCCUCGGUCACUAGAAGCGUGUUCUAGACUCGGAGUGAAGCCUGUAGAUUUGCUGUACAAACCCCUUGCAGAGUUCCAGGAAGAAUUAUUGCCCCAAGACGUCCCUUUAAGGACAAUCUACAACAUUUAUGAUGAGCAUGAGCAUAAUAGAGAAAGAAAACUGGCUCUUUGUCGAGAGGAAAGGAUCAGAAUAAUGGAAGGAGAAAAGGGCACAACUUCUGGGAAACCAACGGUGACUAAGUCCAAGAAAACACCAUCUGCGGUCCCCAAAACUCAGACCCGUAGGUCGAAACUGGCAUCUAAAAGAUCGCAAUCUGUUAAUGAAUCUGAUUAA